ACUCUAUUUAACAUUUGUAGCAUGAAAGAGCUACUCACUUAACUUAAGAAAAUUGUUAUUACAAUAUCUGUUUACAAAUUCAAAAUAACUUACAACUUUAGUAAUAGAUACCGCUAUGUCAAAUUGUAAAGAAAUAUUGAUUCUUCAGACUGGUGGUAAGUUACAUAAAUAGAAACGGUUCGGCGCGAUGAAUAAUAAAUUUAAAAUCAUAAAAUGUCAUUGUUUAUAAAUAAUCAUUCAUUCAUUCCAUUCAAUCAAUAAAAAACAAAUUGUAAAAUAAAAAUAAUACUAAUAACUAAUAAGUUUUUGUCUUAUUUAUACCCUACGGACUACACUUAAAUAAACAAAUCGCAAUCAUUGAAAUUUGGACACUGGGUCUUGAGUUUGACAAUCAAAAUGUUGUGGCCAAAAUAAAUUCUAAAAUUAAAUAUUAAAAUAUAUUUUAUUUUAAUAUUAAUUGAAUUUGGCAAAUUUCACUAUCCACACCAUGGUCUUUCCCAAUGCCGCCACCUACUAGGUUGUCAUGACUUGUAACGCUGGUCAUGGCAACCAGGGCCACUGUAGUGGCAGUGUAAAAAAAAUCUCACUUCUGCUAAAAAUCCUAAACCCUAACACUAUUCCUAGGUUUAUGAAUGUUGUUCUUAAAAACUUAAAGAUUAUUAACAAAAAAUUUGUUACAGCUAAUCGAUUAAAAAUUUUGUUUAGUCUUUACUUACAUUGUCCCCUUCUUAUCAUUCUUUUAUAUUAAUCAACCCUACAUCAUUGUGGCUCUGUAUUGAGCACAUCAUUAAAUCAUAAUGGGUGAAGAAAAAAAUAACCAACACUAAUUAAUUAACUCCAUCUGAUCAUAUAUUGUGCAGAGCUAUUGUUAGCCUUUAUCUUUUGUUAACCUGAGGCUGAAUCAGAGUAUCCUUCGCCCUGGGACCAUUUAAGCAAAUAAUCCCUAACAUAUGGAUACUAUGCUUAUGCUAACUGAGCAAAUAUUUCUGCACAUUAUCAUUAUGUUUUAAAUAAUUUUUAAAAUAAUGUAUGAGUAAGAGACUAAUAAAUUAUAAUUUCAAAUGUUUUUACCAGGCACAAUAGAUAAAACAUAUCCUCAACAUCCUGGAGCCUACGGCUAUGAAAUAGGUCAGCCAGCAGUGGUUAAUAUUCUUGCACGUGCUUCACCAUGUCUGCCAUGUCGAAUAGAAAGCGUUUGCACUAAAGACAGCCAGGAAAUCACAGAAACAGACAGGUGAAGACAGAAAUCCCCCCAUUAGUGUGAGUUCUUUAUACAGGAUAAUAUGGUGGAAAGUGUUCAAGCCAUGUUCAGGGGAAUAUUAGAAACAAUAUACAUAUAUGGAAGCUUCAUAUAGUUAACAAUCACACUUGAUUAACAAUCAUACUUCAUUAGCAAUCACAUUUCAUUAGCAAUAACACUUAAUUGGCAAUCAAACUUCACUUAUUUAGUCUUAGUAAAGCUGAAAUUUCCAUUGCACCAUUCAUCUAAUCCAAUGGACCUGAAAUUUAAGAUGUGGCUUACAUUCAUUUAACCAUGAUGUUCAUUUAAAGUAAUUAAAGUUAAAGAAAAUGUAUUUCUUGACCUUUUAUGUCACACAUGCAAUUCUUAUCUGUGUUUAUUGUUUCCUGUGUGAAAACAUUCAUAGACUUACAGUAACUUAAGUCAGUUAACCAUUGUAUUAAAAGUCUAUAGAUCUCAGAUUAUAUACACAAUUUACAUAUUGCAUUACAUGAUGCAAUAUAGAAUUAGAAUUACUUUACAAGCGUUGCAACAAUUAAGUUAUGUAAUCAAUUUACAGUCUAAAAUGUUAUCGCAUUCUAGCUGUUAUGGUAUCACUGUUUUCUACAUGCGCAUUAAUUACUCAUAAUUGCUUCAAUGUUCUUACUGACACCAUCCAUUAUAUGUCAGUAGUGAAGUUCUUUUGAAUAGUUAAUGAAAAAUACCAUCUAUUAUAUAUUGACUUUUGCUCUACAGUUUUUUAUUCUGCUAUUUAACACUUGUUUAUCUCAAAGAAGAAAUCAGAUUUAACAUUUGAAUGUCUUUAUUAAUUCAUCGGUUAAUGACUCUGUGUCCAGAGAAAACAUCCUUCGACUCGUUGUUGAUGCUAACCAAGAUCUAGUCUUGAUAACUCACGGCACAGACACACUAUGUGAGACAGCCAGGUAUCUAGUCCGUGCAGGAGUGGGACAGGGCAGUGACUAUGGUCCAGGUGUUGGAGAAAAGGUAACGAUUUGUAAAAAAAAAAAAAAAAUUGCACUUAACCUACAUAUGCAAGCUUCUUUCACAGACACACUAUGUGAGACAGCCAGGUAUCUAGGCCGGGCAGGAGUGGGACAGGGCAGUGACUAUGGUCCAGGUGUUGGAGAAAAGGUAACGAUUUGUAAAAAAAAAAAAAAAAAAAAUUGCACUUAACCUACAUAUGCAAGCUUCUUGUUUUACUUUUAUUUUAAGUUAAAAUAUUUUAAUUCAAUUCAUUUAGCAGAAUAAUCAAUCCAGUUCAUUUAAUGUUUUAAAAAUAAAAAUAGCUUUAGACUUUAUAAGGGAAACUUUUUUUUGCAGCUGUGUAGCUUGUAAAGCAAUGUUGCUACAUUAUGCUCAUAUUUAAGAAACAUCCCUUUCUCAAGAAGAAUUAAAUAACUUUAGGAUAUAGUAUAUAGUAUAUAGCAUUGGGAAGAAUCCUUACUGCAAAAUAUGUACACAAAAGAUACACACAGAAACAUUAACAGUGGAUCCUAUGCAAUACUUUUGUGUAUGAACCACUGCAGUAUCAAACAAUUUGUUCCCAUAUCUUUAGGUGGUGGUUCUCACGGGAGCUGACAAGCCAGAAUGCAUGAAAGACUCUGACGCAGACUUCAAUGUGGGAUUUGCAUUAGGUGUUUUACUCUCCUCUUCCCGAGGCGUCUUUGUUACAAUGGAAGGGGCUGUCAUCCCGGGAACUCACGUGGUCAGAAAUAAAGAUGGGAAGUUUUUAGACGAAAGAUAUGUGCUCUCAGAUUUUUAGGGUUCUCAAAUUGUUGACGGCACAGGGCAAAAAUAAUAAACUUUGAUGCAUAAUGUUUCAUUGUUUAGCUGAAUUACAAUUAUUUUUUAGUAUUUGCAUUAAUGAUGUGUGAUGAACUUGGAAAAGAAAUGAAUGAAUCUUGUAUUGUGCACCAGCAGUGCAUGAAUCUUGUAUUGUGCACCAGCAGUGCAUGAAUCUUGUAUUGUGCACCAGCAGUGCAUGA